AUGGCAUCCCAACAACCCGCCCCGCCCACAGUGGAAACCACCCACCUCACCUACACCUUCCCCGACCGCUCCAACGGCGUCUCGGACAUCACCCUCUCCCUGCCCCCGCGCUCGCGCACCUUGUUAAUCGGCGCCAACGGCGCCGGCAAAACCACUCUCCUACGCCUGCUAGCGGGCAAGCGACUCGCGCCCGCCAACACCAUCAAAGUCUCCGGCGUGGACCCGUUCAAGGACGGACUCGAGGGCGUCACCUACCUCGGACUAGAAUGGGUUCUCAACGCCAUUGUGCGCACCGACAUCGGCGUCGUCGAGCUCCUGCGGUCGGUAGGCGGCGAUCACUAUCCCGAGCGCAGGGACGAGCUGGUGUCAGUGCUGGACAUCGACACCAACUGGCGGAUGCACGCGGUCUCGGAUGGCGAGAGACGGCGGGUGCAGCUGGCCAUGGGCCUGAUCCGCCCGUGGACGGUGCUGUUGCUGGAUGAGAUCACGGUGGACUUGGACGUGUGGUCGCGCGCGCAGUUUUUGGGGUGGCUGAGGCGGGAGACGGAGACGAGGGAGUGCACGGUUGUUUAUGCCACGCAUAUUCUGGAUAAUCUGGCCAGCUGGCCGACGCAUCUGGUGCAUAUGCACUUGGGCACGGUGAAGGGAUGGGGCAAGGCGGAGGAGAUGUUGAAGGAGGUGGACGAUGGGAAGAAUGUCGUUGAGGGAGUGACGGGAAAUUCUAGACUGGGAGAGCUGGUGUUGAGGUGGUUGAGGGAUGAUUUGAAGGAGAGAGGACCGCGCAGUCAGCAUAUGCGGGGACCGGAGGGAUUGAGUUAUAACAGCCCGGGCAUUGGAGGGUAUGGACUGGAGGCGAAGACGAAUAAGGAGGCUACGGAUGGGCCUGGUUGCAACUGA